UGGAAAUAAACACUAGUGCCAACUAGCUGAUCUCAGUGAGAGUGGGAGGUGUGACAGCAGAUUGUUGAAGAGUGGCGGUAGACAGUCAAUGAUCCGAUCAGACAUGGGACCAGUUCUGGACCUGCCACAGUGCAGAUCCUUCGCCCCCGGGUGCUCGGGCUGAGCACAGAGGAUGCGUUUACGCGGUUCGGCAAACAGUAAACUCUGUUUCCUGCUCUGCUUGACUCUUUGCACUUCACUUCUACUUCUGGUGGGGCUCCAGCAGUGGGGACGCCAGGAUUUGCAGGUCUCAAACUUCGGACAGCCGUUUAGACAGUCCGCUAAAAGGUUUGGCAAUGCAAGCCAGGACAGAAGCAUCUUCCAGGAGGAGAAGCGAGCUGGAGCCUUACCUGGGGGGUUCAGGAGUUACUCUAACACUGCAGCAGAAAGGGGACAUAGCUGGCACCGAUAUGCAACAGCAGGCAGAUCUCAUCGGACUCACGUUAAAGAGAAAGGGCCUGUGAACAGACCACCUCAGAGAGAUCAGGCUGGUCCUACAUCGGAGGAGGAAGGUGCAGUAUUGUGGGAUGCCCCCUGGCACAGUAUUUACACGGGGCCCGGCAAGCAUAAAAUGCAACUCAGUGACAUUUUUAUUGCGGUGAAAACCACCAGGAAGUAUCACAAAGCCAGACUGGAUCUGCUCUUUCAGACGUGGAUAUCAUUGGUCCAAAACCAGACAUUUAUCUUCACAGAUGGCGAAGACAAAGAGUUGCGGGAAAAGGCUGGAGGCAACAUGAUUAAUACAAAUUGCUCUUCUGCACACACACGCCAAGCACUUUGUUGUAAGAUGUCCGUGGAGUAUGACAAGUUCAUUGAAUCUAAAAAAAAAUGGUUUUGCCACGUUGAUGAUGACAAUUAUGUAAACAUUCGCAGUCUGGCCUACCUGUUGUCUGCAUACUCGCACACCCAAGAUGUUUAUAUUGGCAGACCAAGUCUUGAUCAUCCUGUUGAAGCUGUAGAGAGGAUAAAGGGUGGUGGGUCGACCUCUGUGAAGUUUUGGUUUGCUACAGGAGGAGCUGGAUUCUGCAUAAGCCGGGGGCUGGCAUUAAAAAUGAGUCCCUGGGCCAGUUUUGGCAACUUUAUCAGUACGGCGGAGAAGAUCCGUCUUCCAGAUGACUGCACUAUUGGCUACAUCAUCGAAGGUCUGUUGGAGGUGAAGAUGAUUCACAGUGACCUAUUCCACUCACAUCUAGAAAAUCUGCAGCAGAUCCCACCGCCUAUCAUCCCCAAACAGCAAUUGUUUUUAGGUUACAUUAAGUUAUGGAAGUUCAGAUAUGAAGCGGAAUGUAUUGAGAGUCCAAGGACCUUUCAGCUUGGCAGAGGAUCCUUCACGGUUCAAGUCUAUUCAUUGUCUCCUCUAUCAUGAUGUCUGGUGUCCUGCAAAAAACAGUGACCAAUGAAAAUAGUUCUACCUCCUUUUUCCAUCAGCUGCAUGUUUCGUGGAAGCUUCCAGGGAGUGAGAUAAAGGCCUUCCUCUAACGGAAAGGAAAAGCUGAUGCUCCAGGAAAUUUGAAGAAGUAAUCGAAGCAGAUAUCACUUUCAGAUGAGUCACUACACCUGCACAUGUUCUGCAAAAGAACUAAAAACCAAACCUUGAAUAUCAUAGUAAAAACGUCAUCUCUAUCAUUAGAACUUGGAUUUGGUGGACUGUGUCUGAAUUAAUGAGUGUGAAAGCUGUGUGCCAAAGUGUGAUAGCUAUUCCUUCUGAACUGAACCAUCUCUUCUGCCUUGCAAUUUAAAAAAAAACUUGAGUUGAUCUCAUGAAAACAGACAUUUUUCAUUUUUCUAUUUGAUUAUUACAGUUAUCUCUAGCAAAAUGUGGUUGAAUGGUGUCAUCCUGUUAGCUUGGAAGUUUAGACUCCUUUCUGUGUAUGUGGUGUGUGCAAUUUGUUCUAAUGAUAACAAGUUGGCAGCUUGUCAGUGUUCGUUAUGCAGUUUUAGGCAGUCAGCAGUGAAACUCUGUGCAUUCUUACACAGAUGCCUCAUUACAUAUUGCAGCAAUUGUCACUUACAUCUCCAUGAGAUGGUGAUUUCCUAUUGAUGCAUAUCACUGUUGCUUAAUAGUGCCAUAUACUGUCAUAAUUUUGGGACAUUUGCCACUGAAUCAUCAUAAUAUAUUGACUGACUAACUAGUCACGUUCCAGUACCAAUGCAGAGUAAAAUUAGUACUGAGCCAAACAACAAUGUUCAAGUUAUUGAAAUGAUUUGAUUACUUUGACAAAAUGAUCAUAAGAUGGUCUUGCUUUCUAAUUAAAUGUGAUCACACUACCUGUGCAGUAUUAUGUUACCAUUUCAAUCCUAAAUAACUUGCUUAGCUCUCUGUUUUACCUGGUAAACCAAUGACAAAACCUGUUUCAUUUUAGGAUUUUACUGCAGCAAUAUACACUAAGCAGUUCUUUUAAAAUCUGGAAUACUUAAUCAGCUCAGUGCAGUCCAGUAAAUCAUUUUGUUUCAGAUAGAGUAUAACUUCUGAAAAUGUAUGUAAAAUAAUUGCUUGCUUUCAAAAAUAAAGGACUGAAUGAGCAGAAUGAAAGUGUAGUCUAAAUUUUUAAAAUGUUUCUAUAAUUAUACAAAACUCAUCUACAGUAUAUGAGUAAUUGUAAAUGGGUUUAGUCCUUGGUUUACUUGUUACACAACUGUCACCUAUUUUAUCUUUUUGUACUACUUGUUAUUCUAUGCAGAAUUUUGUGGUACUUUAGUAAUAUUCUGUAAAGUAUUAAGAAGCCAGUAAAUGUGGGUCUACCUAGUCUGAUUCUGGAGCAAAAGUUUAGUUAGAUGCUCUAGAGUUGGUGCCAAGUCUGGAACCAUUACCAAUCACAGUUAGCAAAAAAAAACUGCUAGAGGAACUCAUUGGGUCAGGCAGCAUCCAUGAAGGCAAAAAGAGAAACAAUGCUUUCAGUCAAAAUGUCAGCUAUCUCUUUGUCUCCAUCUAUGCUGCCUGACCCACUGAGUUGCUCUGGCAGUUUGAUUUUUGCUCCAAAUUAUAGUAUCUGUGGUUCUUGUGUCACCAGUUGCAGUUGUUUGGUCAUCUGAGCAUCCUUGUUUCUUAACAAAUGGUAAUGUUUAAUGCCACCAAUGCUGGCAUUACUGGGCUAUUUUCAAUUCCACCAUUAGCAGAACCUCCACCAUUGGGAUACAUAAAAUUUAUUUAUCAAUUCUGACAAUGCUUAUGUUGAAAGCUAUACUGCUGGUACUGUGUCUAUAAUUUUUGUAAGUACACCUCUUGCCUAGCUUGUAGCAAGCAGAUCUACAGUCUUCAAAGAUUGACGAUUGCACUAUCACUAAGUUUCAGUAUAAAUAAAGGGAAGAUUCCACAUUAUGGGAUUUGUAUGCAUUACAUAGCUUUAUAAAUCUGAUUAUUGUGCAUUUGUAUAUACUGGAAAUAUUUGCAUUCAAUACUCAAUAGAGCAUAAUUGCAAAUGCAGUUGUAAAUUUUUACAAUCCUUCAGUGUACAUGGAUCCGAAUCCAAAUUUUACUUGUUGUCUUAAAAAUUCACAUUAUAUGGUGAAAGAAAUUUUAAUAUUUUGAAGGAAUUAACAACUUAUUCACUGAAAUCAAGUUUUUCGAAUCGACGUGUGAAUAUUGAUUUGGAGAAUAAUGAACAUUACUUUCUCAGCUGUCUUAAAUACAAUAUUUCUAAACCUUCCCAUCUCAAGAUUGUUCCUUUUUUGGACAUACGCGUGGAAUAGGCUCUUCUGGCCUUUCAACUCAUGCUCCUCAGUAACCCCUGAUUUUAGCCUAAUCAUGAGAUAGUUUAUGACCAAUUAACCUACCAACAGGUAUGUUUUUGGACUGUGGGAGGAAACCAGAGCACCUGGAAGAAACCCACGCAGUCACGGGGAAAAUGUACGAACUCCUUACAGGCUGUGACGGGAAUUGAACUCAGGUCACUGUAAAGUGUUGUGCUAACCACUGUGCUACUGUGCUUCCCCUUCCUGGACUCACAGUCGGGCAAGUCAUGUUUAUGUGAUGAACUUAUCAAUAACUAAAGAUUAUUAUCACUGUACAUUUGUGAGAUAAGUGUUCAAUUAUAACAGUAGUGUGUUCUGUUAAAGGUCUAAUUAACACAAGGGAAUCUAAUCUUUAGUUCAUGCUUUGAGGGCCUUGUAAAGUUCAAAUAAGGAUGUAAGAGAUGUACACUGUGUUUAAAUUUAAUUAAAAUUGGCAAAUGAUAAAAAGAAUUUGGAGGUGGAGACCUGAAACUCAGAAUCCCGAGUGUCCUAGUGGAAUUCUAAGAAAAUUACAAAGAUCUUGUUAAAGAGGUUCUGUGCCAUUGCAAAGAAUUUCCCAUUUAAAUUGAAGGACCAAAAUCCACUUUCAGAGAGAAAUGGCAAUAAGGAGUAGUGAUUUUUGCUCUAGUGAUUAGACUCUCUUAAAGAAUAGAGACAGAUGGAGCAGUGAUAGCUUUAUGGUAAGUGAAGUGAACCUUACAGAUGCUUCAGGUGGCACCAGGGAACAUAAUUCCAAUAGAAUUACAUGGAUUAUGGAAUAACUUGGUUCCCCAGAAAUUUAGAGUACUUUGAGAUUCCUAAUGGUUAUUGUGAAUAAGUAUUUGCAAUACUAAAAUGACUGUGAAGAAAUUAGAUGCUUUAAGAAGAAAAUGCAUUUUAGUUCUUUAUUAUUUGCUUUUCAUAAUAGUUAUUUGCUUUUAGAAUUGUAAAUUUAAAUGUUGAUCUGUUCAGGUUUUCAGCUCAAGACUUUUAUGAUAUUUUUGGAUUAGAAAAAUAAUCUUGUACGUAGGUAAUUUUGAAAUUUUGUAUAAUUUUGUGUCUUCCCCAGCAGAAUUUAAAACAAAACAAAAAUGUAACCACUAAUGUAUGCAUAAUUUAACUAGACAACUGUCCCGGUAAACCUCAGAACCUGCUGAACAGCACAUUACAAUGGACCCUUUUUCAGAGUUAGUCACUAGGAUAUCCAGGAUUGAAUAAUGCAAUAAUUACUGAUAAUCAACAACAUGAUGCAAUCACAUCCAAUGAACUACAGUGAAACCAGACAAACAGUUACUUGUCAGGAUAAUAAAUGUGGUAAAUUGGGCUAUACUGAAAACAAAAAUACUGAACUGGUUUGAUUUAGCAAUGGUUCAGCAGUGACUCACCGAGGUUUCAGAAAAAUUUGCUAAUACACAGUAUUAUUAUUGAAAUGUAAAAAUAAUAUCUUAUGCAUGUUUACAGCUGCAAAGGCCAAAGUUGUUUUUAAAUACUGCAAUUAUAUUGUUGGAUAAUUAAAAACUGGAGAUUCUUAAACUUUAUGAAUUCAAGAUAAUGCAACUUUAAUGAUGAUGUGUUGGAGGGUUUGGAACCAGACCCAUCAACAGCUUGUUGACUAAAAUGUAGACUGUCGUUAAAAUGAAAAAAAAAAGAUUAAAA